CGGAGUGGAGGGUCGCUUUACUCAAUGCAGACCGACCACCAAAAAUAAAAACUAGAAAACAAAUUUUUUUGGUGGAUACAAAUUCCGAAUCUCUCAAGUCUUUGUUACUCCAUUCACUUCAUUCCUCCUUCACCUCACAUUUUCAAAUUAUGGGGAUUUGUUUUUUUCUGCUGUUUGCAAUAUGAUAGAAGGUGAGUAAUGCUGCUUUCAAGAUGGUUACGGGGUGUAAAUUGUUGUGUGGAAACUAGUAGAGGACGGGGACGGAAUGUUUUCCGAGAGAUUAACGGGAGAGGCAUCUCUUCGCCGGGAAUUGGAGGCUUUGAGUGUGUCUCAACGGCUAGUUAGAAGUGUUAGCCAGAAGUUGAGGAAGAAGAAUCAUAAAGGUGAAGGAGAGGAAGAGGAUGAUUCAAGGGGAGUUUCGCUGAAAUGUCUUACUUUGUAUGGUAUGGGUGGGGGUUGCAAAGUUGGUGCUGACACAGGUGAGGAAUUUGGGGAUCCGAGCGGUAGGAGGAGGUCAUCAAGUGCUAGUGAAGAAGGAAAGGGAUAUAGACCGAUAUGUGGUAAUGAGGAGACAGGGUUCGAUUGUUUCUCAUAUGGGAUGAGGGAGAAGUUUUGGAAGAAAAACAGUAGAAAGGAUUUAGAGCUUGAAGAUUUAAUUCAAAAUAGCAGGUUGCAUAUGUUUCUUCCAGAUGACGUACUGGAAUUAUGCUUGGUGAGACUCCCAUUGACCAGUCUGAUGAAUGCCCGCCUUGUAUGCAAGAAAUGGAGAUACUUGACUACCACCCCUCGGUUCCUGCAGAUGAGACGGGAAGGUCCAUAUCUGAAUCCGUGGUUGUUUUUGUUUGGCGCUGUUAAAGAUGGAUAUUGUUCUGGGGAUAUAUAUGCAUUGGAUGUAUAUCAGGACCAGUGGCAUAGGAUUGAUUCUGACAUUCUAAAAGGAAGGUUCAUGUUUUCUGUUGCCAGUUUUCAAGAUGAUAUUUAUGUUGUUGGUGGCUGUUCUAGCUUGACUCACUUUGGGAGAGUGGAUAGGAGCUCAUUCAGGACACACAAAGGGGUGUGGGCUUUUAGCCCUUUAACUAAAUCUUGGCGUAAAAUUGCUUCCAUGAGGUAUGCAAGAUCAAUGCCUGUUUUAGGAAUUUCUGAGGUUCGUUCAGACUUUUCAGUGGUUCACAGUCAUCAACAUCGACAAGAAAGACGUUUUCCUAGGUCACGUAUUGCUGGGGUAUCAGAUGUUUAUGAGGACCCUCACAGGUUUUCACUAAGAAGACAAUAUAGAAAUGCUUUUGAUGAAUAUGAGCCUUCAUCAUUGCCCAAUAGAAAGUCACACAAGUUCACCAGACAAAAAAGUGGCCAAUCAAAUAUGAAGGACUGCAAGAGGUUUGUAUUGAUUGCUGUAGGGGGUCUUGGAUCCUGGGACGAGCCACUAGAUUCUGGAGAAAUUUAUGAUCCCAUAGCAAAUAAAUGGACAGAAAUCCAGAGGUUGCCUAUGGAUUUUGGGGUUGUUUGUUCUGGAGUUAUUUGCAAUGGGAUGUUUUAUGUUUACUCUGAGACAGACAAGCUCAUGGGAUAUGACAUUGAAAGGGGCUUCUGGAUGGCAAUCCAAUCCUCUCCAUUCCCUCCUCGUGUUCAAGAGUAUUACCCUAAACUUGUAUCUUGUAAUGGCCAGCUAUUUAUGCUUUCAGUCUCCUGGUGUGAAGGGGAUGGUCAAAUCGGCCAGAGAAACAAGGCUGUUAGAAAAUUGUGGGAGCUAGAUCUCAUGUAUCUUAACUGGACUGAAGUUUCAGUACAUCCCGAUGCUCCAAUGGAUUGGAAUGCUGCAUUUGUUGCAGAUAAAAACCUAAUAUUUGGGGUUGAAAUGUUCAAAAUAUUUGGUCAAGUGUUGGACUUCUUGACCGUAUGUGAUGUGUCUGACACGGGGACAAACUGGAGUCACAUUGCUAGGAAUCACAUGACUCAUGAAUUUGACGCUUCCUCGUGCAUGACUAAAUCAUUGGCUGUCUUGUAUCUUUGAGGUCCUUGUUGAAUGUUGAUUUGUGCAGAGAAUUUUAAACAUUUAUUUAGCCACACCAGGUUUUGAGUACAGAUUGUGACCCCCGAAUUUCAUAUUUAAUUCUUUGGACAAUCAAUUUGCCUGCUGGUGCUUUCAUCUGUGCAUUUUCUUCACCACUGUUUAUACGAUUCAUCCUGUAUUCCUGAGCUUGUUUAUGUUAAUUAAUAAUGAAUUUGUUUUCUUGUUCA